GUUUUUUUUGUAUUUUCGUCUCAGGGAAAUCAGUUCUCUGGCUUUCGCUUCUACGGAUGGUCGUUGAGUGGUUCCUCCUCCAAAAAUUAAACUAUAAAAAUGUUAGAGCCACGUGAAACCAGAGGAAUAACUGGUUAUCGACCAAUCAGCACAAUGAAACUAUUAUUAAAUUUUAAUAGUCAGCGUAAUAAAGUGACGCUAAUUCUGUUAACGAGCUUAAUGUUAACUAUAGGACAUCACAGUGCAGCUUCCCUAAUAAACGAUCAAUCGUAUCAAGUGACCCCAACACCAAUACUGCCAGCGCUCGGCGCUGAUGAUGUAACUACUGUACUUUUGGUAAAUAAUAGUGCUCACCAUGGACGAUUCCUGACUGUACGACCCCAAAUUGGUCUUUUAACUUCAACAGUAAGGACAUUCAUACAGAGUGGAAUAACAACGGAAUUUGCCACAAAAGUGGUUGGGACCAAAUUAAAUAAUGGCCAACUUUACGCGCAGUAUUUGAAAAAGAGUUCUCGAGUUUUUUAUGACAAUGAACACUUACUGGCACCAUCAGUGGUCACCAGUUGGGUUGGCGAAGGGGGCGAGACACUGUCUCUGCAGAAUCACAACGAACUAUUCAACAUGGACGACGUGGUCGACUGGCAGGAUAUAGACGAUAAUCUUGACGAGUUUGUGGGCAAUACGGAUUUUGUUGGAAUACAAACCACAAACUAUUUAUCUUCGGUUAACGAUUCAAUUAGUUCAGUUCAAGUCAACAAGCCACUUGCAAACCACAAUAUAACUGCAACAUCGACGGAACAAAAUUCGAAGGAUGAAAUAACUAAAUUAACAGAUCACUUGGAAACAUUUACUGUUAAUAAUAAUGUUAGGCAUUUCCACGAAAAUGUAUCAAAAAUUCAACAACACCGUAUUGCAAAAAAUGUGGAAUCUCCUGGCUCAAAACGUGUUUUGGCCAGUGUAACCUAUUAUGGAUUCGCCGAUUUUACUACAAUAGUAGGAGACAGUGUCAUUGUUUUUCACCGAGCUCCACGCAAAGCAGCUUAAAUUUUGGACACGUAACGUCAAUUAAAGGCAAGCCUACGCUAAGUCUGGAAUCUGAUUUAUUUUUAAA